GCAGAGAGGAACAAAAAUAAACCGAGUCAAGCUACGUCUACACCUAUCGUCUGACUCCCAUAAGAGUUGUAAAACUUUUUGUUAAAGUAAUCAUUAAAGAUUUACUUGAAAAUCAUACCUACUUAUAGAUAUUUUUAAGCAAUUCAGUUACUUUGUGGCAUGAAAAGAAUAUGCUUCGAAAAUUACUGAAAAUGAAUGAAGAAGUUGGUGUGAAUAAUUAAUUUGUUUUGUAUUUUGGGCAGCAAGAAAUCCUUAUAUUUAACUAGAAUUAGUACUCAAAAACAUUAACCAAUAUGAAUCUGGGUGGAUCAAUUCGAAUAAACAAGUGCGGUGUAGUUUUAAUAGCAAUAGGUCUGUUACUUUUCCUAUAUUACCUAUCGACCGGAAAGUCUGGUAGUUCAAACUACGCUUUGAACAAAAAUCCGAACGAAGUCAACUUGCGAAAGCUGCUAAUUGGGUCCAUCCAAGCGGCUCAGCGCGGUGGACUCGAGGUGGUCGAAGUUUCCAAGAGCAUCGACUUGAAGGUGCAGAGCAAGGGAAAAACUAAGGAAGGUGCUAAUGAUCCGGUGACGGAUGCAGACUUUCGCUCGCACUGCGUAAUGGCGGACGGUUUGCACCGGAUAUUCCCCAAACUAAGGAUCAUAUCCGAGGAAGACAGUGCCAAGCAAAGCUGUCCCGAUGCAAAACUGUUCGAUCUGGACCCGACCGUUAUGCACGAAACUAAUGUAUUGGAUGAAAUUGUUGACAUUGACGAGGUGACCGUGUGGAUAGAUCCUCUGGAUGCAACGCAGGAGUAUACAGAAUCUCUGACAGAAUACGUGACGACGAUGGUAUGCGUGGCCGUGAAGGGAGUUCCAACGAUCGGAGUUGUUCACAACCCGUUUACGAAGACGACCGUUUGGGCUUGGGCUAACAAGGCAAUGUCUGAGCCACUGUCCAACAUGAAACGGGACGAAGAAGUAAAGAAUCCCGUUUUAAUUGUGUCCCGUUCUCAUACCGGCGAUGUACAGACUAUUGCUAAAGAAGUUUUUGGUAAAAAUGUUCACAUCAUUAAGGCAGGUGGAGCAGGAUACAAAGUAUUGAAGGUGCUCAACAACGAAGCCACGGCGUAUCUCCACUCGACGGCCAUAAAAAAGUGGGACAUUUGUGCGGGAAAUGCCAUCCUCAACGCAGUCGGUGGCAAGAUGACUGACUUGAACAAUCAGGAGAUAUCGUACAGUGACAAGGAUCCGUUCGUCAACGAGAAAGGUUUGCUGGCGACGGCAACUAGCAGUACCCAUGAGCAGUACAUCAAGAAGAUUUUGGAGAAAAAUCUGUUGUAGAAUCUGGUUCGUGUUCUUGGUUAAAUCAUAUUGUCACCACAACAAAUUAA